AUGACACAAGUUAAAUCCAAAUUCCUUUCGCGGGAGCCUCUGGAUCCCCAAGGCGCCAAAUGGAAACGGUUGGUCAAAACAUACUACACCGAUCCCAAUGGGGUCAAGAGAGAUUGGGAAUCUGCUGAGCGCCUGACUCGACCAUCUGAUUCUCCAGUAGAUGGAGUCGGUAUAUUUGCUCUAUUGAACGGACCAGAUGGUUCUGAACUUCUCCUCGAAAAGCAGUAUCGACCUCCAAUUGACCAGGUCGUGAUCGAGCUUCCGGCAGGCUUGAUCGACCCCGGGGAAACAGCAGAGCAAACUGCGAUCCGAGAGCUAAAGGAAGAAACGGGUUAUAUUGGCACCGUUGAUCAAACCAGUGGCAUCAUGUUUAACGAUCCUGGUUUUUGCAACGCCAAUUUCAAAAUGGUCUAUCUCCAAGUUGAUAUGUCUCUGCCUGGUAACCAGGACCCGAAGCCCGACCUGGAAGACAAUGAAUUUAUUGAAUGCUUCACAGUCCCAGUGGCACAACUUCAGACCGAGUUGCAAAAAUUCGAGAAGGAAGGAUAUGCGAUUGAUGCGAGACUUGGGUCAAUUGCCGCCGGGAUUGAGAUUGCUAAGAAAUUGAGGAUUUGA